AUGUCUCUGAUUAAGCCCGUCACUGUAUAUGUCCUAGGAGGUGGCCCGAACCCCUUCAAGGUCUUGAUCACUCUGGAAGAGCUUGGCAUUCCAUAUGAGAAAGUCGAGGUCGAGGACGUUAAGAGCGAGGCCUUUCUCAAGCUAAACCCCAACGGUCGCACCCCAGUUAUCACAGAUCCCAACAAUAACAACUUCACACUGUGGGAGUCUGGCGCGAUUGUCGAGUAUCUGGUCGAGAAGUACGAUGCGCUAGGGAGUUUGACACUCAAAGACAAGAAUAGCAGAUGGCUGCUGCAACAGUAUCUGCACUUUCAAAUGUCGGGACAAGGGCCCUACUACGGACAGGCGGUGUGGUUUUACCGACAGAUCGAAGACAUCCCAACCGCCAAGCACAGGUACAUCGAGCAAGUCUUGAGAGUAUUCGGCGUCUUGGACGGAAUUCUCAAGGACAGGGAAUAUCUCGUUGGUGGCAAAUGCACCUAUGCCGAUCUAUCCUUCAUCCCGUGGAACCGGGUGGCUCUCGGAGCACCAUUUUUCAAAGACGAGCUCUGGGAAAAGCACGAGAUCAAGACUCGCUUUCCCAAUUUCUUGGCGUGGCAUGAACGCCUCAAUGCCAGGCUGUCGGUCCAAGCUGCCUAUGGAGCCUGA